AUGCCCAACUCACCAGAUGAUCACAACGCCCUGACAACGGGGUCCACUACUCCCACCGCCGGCAGCACUGUCCGCGGAACGGGAGCCCAUGAAACGCGGGAGUCAGCUGAUUCACUCGGCUCUCAUGUUGGGACGUCGUCAAGCGAGAUUGAGAGGCUGCGCAUGUCGGCGAAAUGCCUGGAGUACAAACAGCAGCUCGCCGCAAGCCAGGAUGAGAUUGGGCAUCUGCGACAUCAGAUCUGGUCGGCCGAGCAGGCCCUCGAAGAUAUGAAUGUCAGCUUGCAGAAUGCGGCCGGCGCCGCUGAUCAGUGGAAGAGAGAGGCGAACGAAGCUGCAUUCGCAUUGGGCGUCACUGAGAAAGAGCGAGACAUCAGCCGGGGGAUCUCUCGGGCAGCUUCCAACCAACUCGCAACUGCUUUGAAUGACCUUUACGGCCAGGAGCCCGAGCGGGCGUGGGCGAUGAGUGAGUUGCGCACGGUCGGCCGACUGGGCGCCGUGCUGGGCACGACGUUGUCCGCACUGUACGCCGCCAAUACCGCGGGUACAGGCCUGCAAGAUCAGCCAGCUCACCCAAACUUCAUCUCCAACACGCUGCAUGAGCUCGGCUUCCACGACCUCGUGCCGUUUGUGCCGCCGAUGUCAACCUUCGCCGACACGGCCCGCCCACGCCCGGCCGCAGGCGAUGGGGGCUGGGGACAUCACUACUCGGGCUACGACACCAUGGGAGAUAAUUGA